UAGUCUUCCUCUCACACAUUCUUCACUCCAAUAGACCAGUAGCUCUCAUCUUGCUCCUCUCUCCGCCAAAGUUUUCUCUCCCAUUCUUAGAGAGAGAGGGCAAUGUACCGGCAGCUCCUGACGACGAUGCCUUCAACGAGCCAUUAUCGCCGGUGGCCAUGGUGGCGAGAGACCUGGGCUCACCUGCUGGCUCCUCUGACCAUUUGGCUAUGUGGCAUUUUCCGUCAGCAUCCGAUAUGGGUUUUAUGGGGAUUCCCGGAUGGUGCUUGGACCGAGCUCCUCACGGUUGAUGCAAGCAAGCUCUGUUUUUGUGGAACAAGUGGAAGUCAGAGAUGAUGCUAAGAAAGGGGUCCUUCUUUAUUCCUUCUCCGAGAAACCUAACUUGAGCUCCCAAGCAAAUUGGAGUGUAUCAAACUACAUGACUCUUACAUCCCACAGCCGCAAGGGAUUUUUCUUGUGGUUGAACAAGGGAUCAACAAUCCGUAUAACUUGUGAGGCUCCAACUAGAGCUUUAAAUCGACUGCAAGUGGUUUUGAAAGGAGAGCGGACAGUCAACACAUUAUUGCCAAAAGCGACAAGUUCCCCUGACGCCCUUGCACCCCAUGAAGCAAUAGAAGGUGAAGAGGCAGAAUACAGCAUCGAGGAAGAUGACAAAUACUACCUUGGCAUCAUCAACACGAAUCCUAGAAGCAUAAUUAUAAACAUGAGAGUGAAUGUUUCAGCUAAGAUAUAUGAUACUUCUAAAGCUAAGAGCAUGUGCUCAACACUAACGGGUUCGUGUCGGAUCAACCUUCUAUUCCCCGAUACUCAAUAUGUCGUACUCGCCACACCUGACGAUGGGGGCGGUGAUGAUUGGUAUAUUGACCUUUCUUUUGUGGCACGACUGGUAACAUACAUUGCAAUUUUAGGGUUUUUAGUAAUCGUAGUAUAUCUGAUAUUGAAAUACCUUGGAGCCUGUGAUGGAGAGAGUACCACAGUAGAUAUAGCGGUACCAGAAGAGCGGGAAGUAAUCGAGACUGACCAUAUAAUGCCAGUGAAGCCGAGUCGGAGCACAUAUGGAACAGGUGAAGAAGGGGAAGAUUCAGAAGCAGAUAGUAGCUGCUCGGAGGAAUUAUAUGAUGCAAAACUAUGUGUAAUUUGUUACGAUGAGCAACGCAACUGCUUUUUUGUUCCUUGUGGCCACUGUGCCACCUGCUAUGAAUGUGCAUCAAGGAUUAUGGACGGGGAGAGCAAAGUGUGUCCAAUAUGCCGGCGGCUUAUUCACAAAUUGAGAAGAUUGUUUCACUCUUAGAGCUAAAUAAAUGAGCCAGUGAAUCUGUGAUCGCCCUUGUAACGAGAUUUUAUGCCAGGAAAGAAGAAUUUUACAUUUUGCAACAACCCCCAAACUCUGUGAUUACCCUUGUAAUUGAGAAGAUUGUUUCACUCUUACAUUUUACAUAAAUGCCGAUACUUUUAGUAUUCAA